CGCCAGCCAUCUCCCCAGCCGUUGCGCAUCAGACAGCCCGAGCCCACCAUGGCAGACAGCGACUCCCUCGCCCGGACAUCGAGGAUAUUCUUGCAGGCUCUGAUUUCGUCGCCAUUCAUCAACGACAGUCGGAUCAAGCACAUACACCGAAUCGCCUGUGAGCGAGGCGGGUACUCGCCGGACUCGUGGACCAACUUUCUGCACCAUGUCGCCGAGCAGCUCUUGAUUGUGGAUAUGGCGCUCAAGUCGGUGCAGAACCCGUUGACGGGCGAGGUCUUCUGGGCUCUGACGAACAUCAACGGUGACGACAUUGCCGAAAUGGCUACCGACCUGACAUUUGCGGAAGUCUCCUUCUUCAAGCACAUGGUCGAGCAGAUCAUGGUUACCGAAGACGAGACCUUUGAGGUAUCAUCGAUGAAAUGCCUCGCCGACUGCACACGACUGAAGCAUCCGAUUGCAAAGAAGGAGGCGCAGCGCUUGCUCGACAGCUGGGUCGAGCAAGGCUGGCUCCAACUCAACAACGGCCGCUAUUCGCUUGGUCUGCGGUCGCUGAUGGAGCUCGAGAGCUAUCUCAAGGCCGAGUUUCGAGAUUAUGUUGCGGAGUGCUUCUUUUGUAAAAAGAUUGCAACGAUCCAGGUCGAGCAUUGCUCGACCGAGGGCUGCAAUCUCCGUGGCCAUGCAAUCUGCUGCGAGCGAUACUACACAAGACGGGCCGAGAAGCAGUGUCCGGAAUGCAAUUCGCCUUGGCGCCCUGUCGCAGCGACGCCAUCGACGGUGUCGGCCUCUGGCCCAGUCCGGUCGCAGCGACAGCGCCGUCAGGACGACCGAGACGGCGACGAGGAGGACGAGAUCAUCGGCGAAUCUCAAGCUGUAGACUAUGCUGAGACACGGCGCUCAAAGCGAGCGAAGCCGCUCCCAUCGAAAUUCGUCAAGGACGAGAAUGGCGACGAUGAAGAUGGCGGUUCCGACGCCGAGGGCAGCCAGCAUGCGAAUCGAACCGAUGCCUCGAACGACGAGGAUGCGGGCCCGUCUCGACGGGACCCGAUGGCCUAUCGCAACUAUGGCUCUCGUCCAAGCCGGCGCAUCGACAAUUCGCAGCGGUAGUCGCGCUGAAGCCGUAUCGCAUCGGCACCACAGCUGGAUCAACUGUAACAGCCCAUCGAGGGAAAUGGUGCAACAAUGCGCUCUGAGCUGCUCCAGGGCCCAGCGCUGAUGCCAUUGCCACCCGGCUUUCAAUAAAAAAUAGGCGAUCCCAGCGAUCUGAGCGA